GGCAGUGUGCGGGGGCAAGAGUGCAGCCAGAGAGGCCCAGGAGCCACCCAGCGUGGAGGUGAGAGUGGAGAGGGGCUUGUUGGUGGCAGCAGAAAUGGAGAAAAGUGGGUAGCGGAGGAAUCAUGGAAAACGUGGAGUCAGGGGCCGUUUUUAGUAGACGUUUUCCUGAGUCAAAGAGGAGGAGGGGCAGGUCUGAGGCAGGUCAUUGGGAGCCCUGGUAGAUGUUCAGAUGACACAUCAUCCAGGACAGGGGGCGCAGGUGUGGGGAGUGCUGCCUGCAGGCCAGGGGACUGGAGCAGGUCACCCGGGAAGGGGGUGGUGGAGAAGGAAGGUAAUCGCCCAGAGCUGAGGGGUCUCCAACAGGGAGAGGUCUGCCCAGAAGGGGCCAUGCGGUGGACCUCCCUUGCCCUCAGGGCUUUGCCCUGGACAUGGGCGGCCUUCCGCCAACCCCAAGAACUCAAGGUCGCGUCUUCUCCUCAGGAACGCAGCUGCCUCCGCGUGGGGACUUAGGGUUCGGAGCCCCUCGGAGUGAGGAGGGGUCCGUGGGAACGCACGGUCCAGAGCGGGGAGGGGCCCAUGGGGACACAGGGUCUGGAGCUGCUCGGAGCGGGAAGGGGCCCGGGGCGCAGGGGCUACCCUGUCUGAGCGUCACCGCCCCGCGCACCCUCCCUGCUCUGUGAUGCAGUGGUCUCGGCGAAGGCAUUGGCCUGUCCCCCGCUAGUCCGGGCCAGAUCAGGGGCGCACGAUGGCGGCCCUUCGGAGGCUCGCGCUGGUGCUCGGGCGCGGCGUCCCCGCUGGCCGCUCGGGGCCCGCGCUGGCAGAGGCGAAGGGCGGCGAGCGCGGCUUGGCCACCAGCGCUCGCGCCCGCGCUAAAUUCUACGCGGAUCCCGUGGAGGCCGUCAAAGACAUCAAGGACAGGGCCAAGAUCAUGAUUGGUGGCUUCGGGCUCUGCGGGAUUCCAGAGAACCUGAUAAAGGCGCUGCUCCGGACGCGCGUCAAAGACCUGACCGUGGUCAGCAGCAACGUGGGCGUGGACGACUUCGGGCUGGGCCUGUUACUGGAAACCAAGCAGAUCACCCGCAUCAUCUGCUCGUAUGUGGGGGAGAACGCGCUGUGCGAGAGCCAGUACCUGGCAGGCGAGCUGGAGCUGGAGCUGACCCCCCAGGGCACCCUGGCCGAGCGCAUCCGCGCCGGGGGCGCCGGGGUACCCGCGUUCUACACGCCCACGGCCUACGGGACCCUGGUGCAGGAGGGAGGCGCCCCCAUCAGGUAUGCACCCGACGGCCACAUCGCCAUCAUGAGCCAGCCCCGAGAGGUGAGGGAGUUUCAGGGGCACCACUACCUUCUGGAGCAGGCCAUCACCGCCGAUUUUGCUUUGGUGAAAGGGUGGAAGGCCGACCGCGCAGGAAACGUCAUCUUCAGGAAAAGCGCCAGGAAUUUCAAUGUGCCCAUGUGCAAAGCUGCGGAAACCUCCGUGGUGGAGGUGGAAGAAAUUGUGGACGUGGGGACCUUUGCCCCGGAAGACAUUCACGUUCCUAACAUUUAUGUCGACCGUGUAAUCCAGGGAGAAAAAUAUGAGAAAAGAAUUGAGCAUCUAACCCUCAGAAAGGAGGAAGAUAAAAAAGCCAACUAUGCAGAUGACAUCAGGGCCCGAAUCAUCAAACGGGCAGCUCUUGAAUUUGAAGAAGGCAUGUAUGUCAAUCUGGGCAUAGGCAUCCCGCUUCUGGCCAGCAACUACAUCAGCCCAGGCAUAACUGUUCAUCUUCACAGUGAAAAUGGGAUCCUGGGCUUGGGUCCGUUUCCAUCAAAACAUGAGGCAGAUGCAGAUCUCAUCAAUGCGGGCAAGCAGACAGUCACUGUUUUCCCCGGGGGUUGUUUUUUCUCCAGCGAUGACUCGUUCGCCAUGAUUCGAGGGGGGCACCUGCACCUCACCAUGCUGGGGGCCAUGCAGGUCUCCAGAUACGGUGACCUGGCCAACUGGAUGAUACCCGGGAAGAAGGUGAAAGGCAUGGGGGGUGCCAUGGAUUUGGUGUCCAGUCCCAAGACCAGAGUGGUGGUCACCAUGGAACAUUGCACCAAGGCCAACGAACCCAAAAUCUUGGAGAAGUGCACCAUGCCGCUGACCGGGAAGCGCUGUGUGGAUCGCAUCAUCACCGACAGGGCCGUGUUUGACGUGCACAAGAAGAAAGGUCUGAUGCUCAUCGAGCUCUGGGACGGGUUGACCGUGGACGACGUCAGAAAGAGCACAGGCAGCCCCUUUGCCGUGUCACCGAACCUCAGACCCAUGCAGCAGGUGACAGCCUGACCUGGGGAAGGAAGCCCUGGUCAUAGAAGGUGGGUUUCAUUUUCACCUGCUGUGAUCUCACCCAGGGAGGGCGUCAUCACGUCUGUCCAUUUGUUCGACCAACUCUCCUGGCAUCUCAGACUCGGAUACCACCACCAGACUGUUCUCUCAAGAGGAAUAUGGCUUUAAUUAAAAACAA